CCGAUCCCCACAACCGCGCAGGUUGGACUGGAGGCUGACGUCCUGGCACCCUGCAUUCCCACCAUUCUUCUCGCAUUUCUCUAGACGCUGCUGCCGACUGCUAUGGAAGCAGGUUCACGAUCAACUAUGAACGGACAUACCGCAUUCCCAACCACGAGCUCACAACGAAUACAAAUCAUCAACGACGAGAAGAAAUUCACGACUGAGUUAAACACUGAAAUUGCACGUUGGGGCCUCAGGGAUGUAGGCUUCAGCUACAACAUUGUAGCAGUUUUCGGAUCUCAGUCCACUGGGAAAAGUACCUUACUGAACAGACUAUUCGGCACGAACUUCGACGUAAUGGACGAGACGAAACGACAACAGACUACAAAAGGUAUCUGGAUGUGCAAAGGCCAGGAUAUGAGCGUGAUGGUCAUGGAUGUCGAAGGCACUGACGGCAGAGAGCGCGGGGAAGACCAAGAUUUUGAACGCAAAUCUGCUUUAUUUUCGCUAGCGUCGUCAGAAGUCCUCAUCAUCAAUAUCUGGGAACACCAAGUCGGACUCUACCAAGGUGCCAACAUGGCAUUGCUCAAGACCGUUUUUGAAGUAAACCUAGGCCUGUUCGGGAAGAAGGCUCAGGACGGGACAAGUGGUCGCACAUUACUGCUCUUUGUCAUACGAGAUCACAUUGGCACUACUCCUCUUGCCAACCUUCAGGCAACGCUGACGGCCGACCUCAAACGCAUAUGGGAGUCGCUUUCCAAACCGACGGAACUGAGUGACCGUCAGCUCUCCGACUACUUUGACUUGGCUUUUACAGCUCUCCCUCACAAGAUAUUGGCAGCGGAUAAGUUUGACUCCGAGGUCAGGAAUCUAAGGGGCCGGUUUGUGGACAGGGACAACGCAGACUAUGUUUUCAAACCAGCCUACCACAAACGAAUCCCUGCAGAUGGUGUUUCUUUCUAUAUGGAGAAUAUCUGGGAACAAGUACAAACGAACAAGGAUCUUGAUUUGCCCACACAGCAAGAAUUACUGGCUCAAUUCCGCUGUGACGAGAUUUCUAGUGUAGCUCUAGCUGAGUUCAAUGAGCAAUCCAAGUCUCAGAAGAGGCCUAUCGAAGCUGGGAAAGUAGUGGAAGGUUUGGGAAAGAUGAUGAGGCAGUGGAGGACAGACGCUCUUAAUCGUUAUGACCGUGAUGCCUCACGGUAUCACCAAGGUGUCUACCAACGUAAACGCACAGAUCUCACCAGUUCGCUCGAUUCAACGUUGUCGCCACUGUUCCUUGGUCAGCUUAAGAACCUUCACAAAUACUGUCUCGUUUCCUUCAAGAAAGAGCUUCUUGAGGGUCUAAAAGGCGAUGACUACAGCUUCGCCGACGUAGUCAAAAAGUCUCGUAGUACUUGGGAGAAGGCAUUUGUGCAACGUGCCAAAGAAGCCGUUGUAGAAGAUAGUGCAGAUUGGAACUGGCAGGAGGAAAUGGAACUCCUGAAAGAAGAGAUGGGAAUAGUAGGUGAUCAAUGUAGGAAGGAUGAAACGAAGAAAAUGGUGAACAUGAUAGAGCGAAACUUCAAAAAGCAGAUUUCCGAACCCGUAGAACUGGCUUUGAAUAAGCCGUCGCCUGACAUGUGGGACAGGGUGCUGAAGGCCUUUAAGCAAACUUUGGACAAGGCUGAGAGUAGCUAUCUGUCCAAAGCCAAGAGCUUCAAUUGUACCGACGAAGAGAAUGUCAAUGCUCUUGCUACUCUACGACGGCGCGCAUGGCAAAUCCUUCGUUCAAAGAUCGACGAGCAAACUGCCGAUGCCGUCAUACUUGGAAAGCUGCGUGCCCAUUUCGAAGAGCGUUUCCGCUACGACGACAACGGAGUGCCCAGGGUAUGGAAGCCAGAAGACGACAUUGAUGGAGCCUUCAAGAAGGCGAAGGAUCAAACUCUGGAAUUGGUUCCAAUCUAUUCAAAGAUUUCUCCCGAAGAUUCUACGCUGGAGUACACGCUCCCCUUUGAUGCUACUACGGCAGACCCCCUCUCGGCCACCGAAGAAUACGACUUCGCUUCGUCCCUGGUUAUUUUCACGGAGACUAAAGCCAUUAAUUUGACGAAUAAGUUCCGUCGUGAUGCCGAUGCCUACUACGUGGAGGCGAAACGGAGUACCGUCUCAAGCGUGGCCCAGAUACCCUACUGGAUGUACGGAAUGCUUGUUGUCCUAGGCUGGAACGAAGCAAUGGCCAUACUAUUCAACCCCCUAUACUUCACCUUCUUACUUUUCGGCUUGACGGCUGCGUACCUGAUCUUCCAACUUGGACUUACAGGUCCACUCAUUCAAAUCUCUCGGACUGUUGGGGGCGAGAUUCAACGGCAGGCAACCACCCGCCUCCGCGAACAUUUCUCGGAACCGGUCGUCGCCCAACCGGUGCGGACCCAACCUCCUGAGGAAGAGGACCGUGCUCGCCGGGCAGAGCCUCAGUAAAUAAAGAAAAGCCUCUUUGAGAGCAAUAUCCCCCCCCUUCGCAUUCAUCUUAUAUUUAUUUAAUCAACGUUUCAUCGGAUUUUUAUACAAUUACGGUCUAGUGAUAAUGUCAACUAUGGAUCUUCAACAAACGAGACGGACCAACACCUGAGGGACUGCUAUAUGGUCGACUUUCUUUAAGUACUUGUUUGUAGCAGACCUGCUGCACCGCCGGGCCAAGUAGAGUAGUAGGCCUAACCAGUUCAUUUAUAAAGCUGGGCUGAAGUCUCCUGUCAAACACUUAGUUUGAACUAAGGACUGAUUUCACUUUCGUUGGCAGGCAAGCCGACAACAUAU